UGUACGAAGCCGAGGUGCGGUAGAACGGCCGCAGCGAUAGAGAGAAGAAUACCUCGUACAUACCACAUUACUCCACUACCAACUUUUAGUAGGCACUACUACUACUACUACUACUCCUUCGGCGACGACGGACGUGACUCCGGCAGUGAACUUGGACUUGAAUUUGCAGUUAGCCGUUUAGUUCUGCUGUAUAAGUCUUUCGACGGUGACUUUGGACUUGACUCUCGCGGUGCUCUUUCGCCGUCCUCUCGCUCAAGUGCGCUUUCUUUCGUUCGCCGGUGUGGUGAUUGUAAGUAACGUUUGUACCCACGCGGUCGCGUAUCGGCGUCGCAAAUCCGCUCUCGCUCGCAACGUGAGUUCAACGGCAGCAACAGCGAUCAACCUUUACCUUCUACACAUAGAAACCCACGGGGUUAGGCUAGUGCUAGACCUCUGUGCUCGCAAAAGAAAAGGAUUCGUAAUUUGACAAAAAAGGAACACAAGUUUGCUCAUUCACAAAAUACCAAAAUGAAAUGUUACGUCUGCUUAACUGGUUUUCUAGUCUUAGUUAAUAUUUGUGGAACUUUAGGAAGGAUAGCUUUCGAAAAACUAACAGAUUUCGAUUACCGCGGAAACACCUAUUAUACAAUCAAGAAUCUAUCCCUGUUUGAGUGCCAGGGUUGGUGCAGGGAGGAACCCGAAUGCCAAGCAGCAGCUUUUAGCUUCGUCUUAAAUCCUCUAACCCCAAUCCAGGAAACCGUAUGUCAAUUACAAAAUGAAACAUCGGCAAAUAAUCCCGCAGCCACUCCCCAACGAGCCACAAACAUGUACUACAUGACGAAAAUGCAAAUAAGAUCGGAAAAUGUUUGCCUUCGUCCAUGGGCAUUCGAAAGAGUCGCAAAUAAAAUGAUAAGAGGUCUCGAUAAUGCCCUCAUCUAUACGUCAACUAAAGAAGCUUGCUUAGCGGCUUGCUUAAACGAGCAUCGGUUCACUUGUAGAUCUGUAGAAUACAAUUACGUGUCGUUGCAAUGUCAAAUGAGCGAUUCAGACAGGAGAACGACAGGGCAAUUCGUUCAAUUUGUGGACGCUCAAGGAGUGGAUUACUUCGAAAAUCUCUGCCUCAAAGGCAGCCAGGCAUGCAAAGGAGGCCGUGUAUACCAAACGCCAAGAAUCGGUGUCGCCGACGACAAAGUUGCACAGUAUGCAGGUCUUCACUAUUACACCGACAAAGAACUUCAAGUGAACAGCGAGGCAGCAUGUAAAUUAGCCUGUGAAAUAGAAAAUGAAUUCCUUUGCCGAUCAUUUUUAUAUCGGGGUCCACCAAUUGGUGCACAAUACAAUUGUCAACUCUUCCACUUGGACCACAAGACACUUCCUGAUGGACCGAGCACCUUCCUUAAUGCCGAAAGACCGCUAAUUGAUAAUGGAGAAAGAAUUGGAACUUAUUACGAAAACAUUUGUGAAAAGCCUAGUGCAGGAAGUUCUCCGUCCGAAAAUAGCUUGCCAGUUGUAUUUGAAGCUACUGAAGAUCCUUUACUAAACUUAACAAGAAGUGACUUAAACUGUGAUAAAACUGGAACAUGCUACGAUGUUUCAGUCAAUUGCAAGGACACCAGAAUUGCUGUCCAAGUUCGUACAAACAAGCCCUUCAAUGGUAGAAUUUACGCACUGGGAAGGUCUGAAACUUGCAACGUGGACGUGAUCAAUAGUGACCUGUUCCGACUGGACCUUACAAUGAGUGGACAAGACUGUAAUACGCAAUCAGUUACUGGAGUUUACAGUAAUACAGUUGUCCUCCAACACCAUAGUGUCGUCAUGACUAAAGCAGACAAAAUUUACAAGAUUAAAUGUACAUAUGACAUGUCUUCCAAAAACAUCACGUUUGGAAUGAUGCCAAUCAGAGAUCCAGAAAUGAUAAGUAUCACUUCUGCUCCUGAGGCACCCCCACCAAGAAUCCGCAUUCUCGAUAGUCGCAACAGGGAAGUUGAAACUGUACGUAUUGGAGAUAAACUCACUUUCCGAAUUGAGAUUCCCGAUGAUACACCAUAUGGCAUCUUUGCACGAAGCUGUGUUGCUAUGGCUAAAGACUCAAAGAGUACAUUCCAAAUUAUCGAUGACGAAGGAUGCCCACUUGAUCCUACCAUCUUCCCAGGAUUUUCUCCCGAUGGAAAUGCAUUGCAGUCAAUCUACGAAGCCUUCAGAUUCACUGAAUCUUACGGUGUCAUAUUCCAGUGCAAUGUCAAGUAUUGUCUUGGACCUUGUGAACCAGCGGUUUGUGAAUGGGGCAGAGACUCGGUAGAAUCAUGGGGAAGAAAGAAAAGAUCCAUAUCCAAUGGAACUGAAGAUGAAAAAGACGAAGAUAUGACUUUAAGUCAGGAAAUUCUAGUGUUGGACUUUGGUGAUGAGAAACAAGCCGAUUUCCUCAAGAGUGAUCUAGCAAGUGCCGAAUUUGGAGAUAAAACUGUGACCAUCAUUGAACCUUGUCCAACAAAAACAUCGGUUCUAGCGUUAGGUGUAACAUGUGCCUUAAUGGUUUUGCUUUACUUCAGCACUAUAUUCUGCUAUUAUACCAAGAAAUGGCUGAACACAGGGAAACACGUCGCUUGAAAUUAUGAAAAGACUUCAAUGUGAUUAGAAGUAAACUUGUUCUAUAUUAAGAACGAUAAUUAAUUAAUUAAUUAACGGAAUCCUUUAAAUGCACUUUUGAUUGUCUGGUUUUUCUGAGGAAAACUGCCGUGUUUACGCGAAGCUGUUUACCCCAGGGGAAAGUUAAAUACAUCAAUCAAAUGUGCUUUCGACUUUUACGUACUGAUUUAUUUUUUUCGGGAUGGUGGCAGCCUCUGGUGGUGGGAAUUGCUUCGAGAUCUAUCUUUCUGGAUCAUUUUUCAUCAUUACAAGACUGAAUAAUGUUUUUGUCAUUUUUAGUCUUUAGGGUUGAUCCUAAUAUUGCGUCAAGAAAAAAAUAAGUGAAUAAUUAACAUACCAAUUCCCUAAUAGAUACUAAUUAAUAACAAAUGCGAAUCUUAUUUAAAAUUAGUAAAAAUGCUACGAGAAAAGCUAUGUUAGGAGCAACCUGUAAUGAUGAGAAAAAAUCUUAUCAUAUAAUUACUGACGAGUUUUAAAUUAUUCUUAUUUAUUUCUGUACAUACCAAAAACUAUUAAUAGCUAGCUAGAUAUUUAUACUUUUUUGUACCCAUUGUGCUCUCUGUAGUAAACAAAAGUAAUAAUAAAAAGUAUUUUAUAUAAA